CACAUUUUGUCUCCCGCGCAAACCCCGACCACCCACACACCGGUCGCCCUUAUCUCCGCUCUCACGCUGGCAGAGACACAUGCUCGCUGUCAAGAAGUGUGGCAAUGCGUGCCAUGGAACCGCCGGCAAAGCGCAUGCGCAUACUGCAAUCAGUCGAAGUCGACGAAGACAAUGCCGAAUACAUCAAGGCCAAGCAGAAACAACAGCAAAAGCUCAAAAGCCGGUUUGAGUCUAUCUUCGACAAGUUCGCCAAUAUGAACGACUCCCAGAGUGACGAAAUCGACAUGAAGACAAACCGGGUGGUUGUGGAUAGAGGCCAUCUGCGAAGACUAAAGCGUCAGGCCAAUGGCAAAGAGAAGACGUUACUAGAAUCGAUUGUCAUGGGAUCUGGGAGCCAUCUGGAGGAGGAGGAAGAAGACGACGAGGAAGAGGGAGAUGGCGAUGAUUCGGAAGAUGAACUGGCACCCCCGCAGCUGGUCAAGCCCAAGGCUGCUGGACCGACUGAGCAAGACACGAGCAUACAACCCACCGAAGUCACAGAGACCAAUGCGCAACUACCUGCGAUACCGCAAACAGACCUACAAGCAACAUCCAUACCGCAAUUCAGCGUCCCGCAUACGCCCAAUUCAACGAACACCGCUGACCUCCUACGCCAUGUCCAGUUUCCACAAACACCUGCGGGACAGCAAGCACAAAGCGCCUUCCACGCCAGUCUACUGCAGACAAUCAACCAAGCUAUUCAACAAGCCGUAACCGGCUUCAUACUGCCAAGCGCUCCGAUACUCUUCGCAAACGCUGCUCCUCCGCCGAUUACUCCAAUAACAACGGAUGACAAAGUGGCGCCCGCAACGGACCCGAAAUGGUUCUUCCCCCCUCUAUCUGCACAACCACGCCGAUUUCCAGUCGCCCAGUCGAGCCCUCUCCCAACCCAUACAACGACACCAAUAGCAAAAGAGACGGGCCCACAACAUUCACACACUGUCUCAAGGGAUGUCGCUGAUGAAAGACCCUGCGCCUCGAUUCGUACAAGACCGGAUGAAAGCUCACCAACGAGACCCCGUCGAACCAGUCCCCGUGUCGAAAUUCAGAGGCGCAUCCCCAGGACUACGAGGAAAUACCACUUCACUCACGAAGAUGAUGUGUACAUAACCAAGCGCAAGAGAAUAGACGGUGUUUCGUGGGCAGCCAUCAAAGACGGCCAACAAAAGUGGAAGGAGUGGCCAAUGACCGCACUUCACAACCGCUGGGAUUUGAUCAAGAAUCAGAAUCUACACCUUCAAAAGCCUGCUGUAGCUCCUAUGAGUGGUCGCGUUGUCGGAGAAGAUCAGGUCUCCAAGGAACACUAUUCCGCCGUAGCAAAGCCGCCGCAUCAUCUGCCGACACCAAUUUCUUCUGAGCAUGAAGAUUAUCACCAUGGCCUUGUCCAGUCGACGGAAGAUGGUGUCCAAAAUUUGCCGUCGUCGAGUACGCAUUUCGAUGACGAUGACCGUGAUCUGUUAUCUCUUGCUGGCGAUGAUUCUGACGAGGAUCAACUACCGAUGAACCACAAUGACGACGAUACACUUGUAGAUGUACCUGAAGAUGUGGUACUGCCGUCCAUCGAGACGAGAGAUCUGAUCAAUGAAGAUACACUACAAAGCGACUUGCUUGCAGACUUACCAACGCAAGACGAUAUCGCAACACCAGUCCGGGAAUCUUCCUGCAUAGCAAUAAAAGCCGAGCCUGCCUUCUCUUCGCCAACCACACUUCGAACACGGAAGCAUGCCACACCACCCGCCGAAGUGAUACCUGACUUGCAAGAAGCCGAAGACGAGUUGCAGGACGAUCUUACCCUAUCAUCCCCUCACAACAUUGACAACAAAUCUUUGGGAACUGUCAAACACGCCACUGUCGAACAGGCAAAUCAGCAAAACACGCAUACGACCUCACAACGGAAAAGCCCAUCUCUUGACCUCAUUGGCACCUCCACCGAAGACGAACUCCUCCCCUCACCACCCAACCCAACAACUCCAUCACUAAAGCGUACCCACGAACCAGCCACCCCGCGAACCGCUGUCCCCUUCACCACCUAUCAAACACCCAAGAUCCGCAAUACAGACGGCAGUAGUGACAAAGGCAGUAAGUCCACAUCGAAAGCCGAUCGGAAAGCAUUCCAUAAACGGAUCAAGAGGGAGUGGACGAGGAAGGGUACGCCAGCGAAGGAGAGUGCGGUAAAGAGAAAGAGUUUAGGGGGGCUGGAAGUGAGGAAACGGAGGUGGGUGGAUGUAGAUGGGGAUGGGAGUGAGGAUGAACUUGCUGCAUUCUGAUCGUGUGGGAGAAAAGAAGUAGUAGCUAAAGCUGACAAUAAUGUUGUCUUCUCUAUCUAUAUCUAUGUCUAUACGUAUAAAACACAUACACAUGCG